AUGGACCAAAGGGGAACAGAGGCUCAAGGAGAACCUAGAAUGGACCCUCUGAAGUCAGUGAUUAAUGCUUCGAAGAUUUAUACGAAAGCAGAUGGAAACUCCUGUGGAUAUUGCGGCUCAAAAGAGGAUACUAAACGGAAAAUAGGAUUUAAGACCACCAAACUUAAUGUAGAGCACUAUGAAAAGUUGUUAGAGAAAGGAUUUAUGAGGCAUGGAGGUGCGACUGUUGAUAAACCUUUGAACCAUCUCUCCUGUUGUCAUGUUUUCUACCCUAGAGUAGAUAUCACAGAGUUUAAGAUCUCUAAGCAGCAAAAAUAAGCAUAUGAAAAGGUUCAAUCAGUAUAUGAAUGGAGAAAGAGAGUUCACGAUAGAACCAUCCAAUAUCAAGUUUAGGAGCGAUAAACAAAUAACAGUUGCUUCUUGAAUGAAGAAUGCGUUCAAAUAAAGAAAUUGCUAAAAUCUACCAGCAAAUAAAAAUCUCUCUUGAUCGAGCCUUAGAUUAUGGAAAUAGGAACUUUGGCACCCAACUCACAGUAGAGGAAAUCUCAAAGCUUAAAAAGGAUAUUAAGUUAGAUUUCUCAGAGGAAAUUACAAAGGUUGACAACUUGGAAGACGAAGAUAUGCCAUUAAACAUGAACUGAAAUAUAAAAGAGCUCCUUUCUAAACAGAACCUAAAUGAGACAUUCAAGGAGGUCAUCUUCCCGAUAUUCAUGAACUAUCUCAGAAAUAACAUUGAGUUCAAGAAGGAUUUCAAGAUCAUUGACACUGAAGAUGAGUAUUUCUUCAUGAUCGAAGGCAGUAAAUGAGACAUGCAUCUCUACCAACACAACUUAGAUAAGCUAGAGGAUGAGGAGAAGUAUGAGUACGACUCCCAUGGAGAGAAGCAGCAUUGAGUUACAGGCAGAGAAACUCAAAUUGCAAUAGAUGCUGGAAAAAGUAGAGACUAUAGGGAGUUUUUCAAGGAGUUUUGUCCAAAUCCAGUUCCAAAAGAGAAGAGAAAGCAUCAUUAUACUGCUUCUCUCCACCCAGCUGUGUUCACAGAGGAGACCUGACUGCUCUACAAGCUAUUUGAUAAGCACAUAUUUGAUUCGGAACCUAGCAGUGCCUCGUAUGAAAGGUUUCUCUGAAGUUCAUGAUUAUUUGAUCCAAAAGACCCUAAGGAAAAGAGAACAUUUAAAGAGCCAUUAAAGCUAGAUGGGGAUAGAGAAUUUGUAGAUUCUGGAGUCUAUCCUGAAUACUUAGGAUCAUAUCAUUUGCAUCAUAGGAUUGAUGAUGUCCUCUUUGCAGUCACUGUCAUUGAUAUCCUCCCAAAAACGAUGACUUCACGCUUUUGACUUUAUCACCCAAGUUACAGAUUUUUAUCCCCAGGUCAUUUUACAGCUGUGAGAGAAAUUGAAUACAUGAGGAUGAUCCGUGAAAAAUUCAAUAAAAACUUACAAUAUUAUAGCAUGAUGGACUUUGUAACUGGAUGAUCCAAGACAGAGUAUAAAGAGCAUCUGCAUCCAAUUUACCUCAAAUGCCCCUCCUCGCUAGACUGGGUACUGUUCACCAAUGAAAUUAAGAAAAAGAUUGAAAAUCGGGAUUAUGAGACCUUAGAUGAAUCAUCUAAGCCGUUUGAACCUCCUUCUACCUUAACUAUGACAGAGUGGGUCUCGAACAAAGUAAUCCACACAUCAGAGAGAGCACUACCACUCAGUAAAGUGAAACGGUCAGUGGUAGAUCCUCUUACAGAAGUUUUUAAAGAAAUGGGUCUAGAGAUGUCUGAAAUGUUCGACUUGGAAUAUAAAUAGCUCAAUUUAAAA